CACUGUACCGGUCAGUUGGUGGUGCAGUGGACCGCUGGUCGCUGGGGCUCAGUCCGCUGCCCGCUGGUCCAGUCGCUCCCCAUCCACUCAGUGCUUUUUGUGUCUGACAACAGAAGAGCGCAAUGGUCGGCCGCGGCUCGCCGCCGCUCUGGGCCGUGCUGCUUUGUCUCAGCGCGCGGCUCGUGACCGGCGACCAGGACCAGCAGCCCACGGCGCAGCUGAGCUUUACGCCCGACGAGCUGUGGAAGCUCAUCGGGCAGGUGGUGAGGUCCGAGGUGCAGCUGAUCUUCGAAAAACUGGACCUGGAGAGGCGGCUGGAAACGCUCGACUUCAGCGCUCAGGUGACGGGACUGGAGUCGAGCGUUGAAGCGCUAAAUUCCCGGCUGAAUGCGCUUGAUGGCAGGGUGUAUGCGACGGAUUCCAGGCUGAACUCAAAAGGAGACACGCUUGACGCGAGAGUUGAUGACCUGGCUUCGCAGUUGUACCGUUGUUUUCCUGAGCCGGAUACCAUCGCCGCUAGGCUGGACGAGCAAAAUGCUUCGCUGGAAACAUUUAACGCAUCUUUGGAGGGCUGCCAAGCUCAGAUGGCAGAAUUGACGACGAAACUAGACCAGGAGCAGUCGAGUCUGGAGGACCUCGCCAAAAAGGUGGAUCAGAAUUCAAUCAAGCUGAAUGCGACAAUCGGCUUACUGAACCAGUCUUUACACUCUGAUGAUAUGAAGGGUAAUCCAAACGACUGGCGUCCCCGUAUCGAAGACCUAGCCGAAAACGUAAAUAAUAUAGCCUCGCGCGUGAACAAGGUAACAGGUCAGGUGGCCGCCUACGCGCCUCAGCUGGAGCUCCUAACGACCAAAUACGACAUGCUACAGCUGACAGUAGAUGCGGUCAAUGCCGCACUGAACGCCAGCCAGGGUCAACCCGCCACCACGCUGCCCCGAGACUGCAGUGAGCUGCCAGCGGGCACCGCCAGCGGCAUCCACCUGCUGCAGCCGGGCCUGGACCCGUCCGUGCCACCCACCCCGGCCUACUGCGACCUGGAGUCGGACGGCGGAGGAUGGACCGUCAUCCAGCGACGUGACGACAUAUUCAUCCCGCGGGAGAACUUCUACCGCGACUGGCAGGACUACAAACGGGGCUUCGGCAAGCUUGACCGGGAGUUCUGGUGGGGCUUGGAGUCUCUGUGGAGGAUGACCGGCUCGCGGGACCGCCGCUACCAGCUGCGGAUCACGCUGGAGGACUUUGACGGCGAGAGAAGGCACGCGGUGUACGGCACGUUCAGGGUCUCCUCGGAGGCGGAUGGGUACCGGCUGGCCGUGGAUAACUACUCGGGGGACGCAGGGGACGCGCUCAAACGCCACAACGGUCUCCGAUUCAGCACAAAGGACCGGGACAAUGACCGGGACGGCCGAGGUUCCUGUGCCACAAGACACCGAGGGGCGUGGUGGUAUGACUUGUGUUGGGAUUCCCAUUUGAAUGGACAGCCACUGGUCGGAAAUGACCGGUCGGAGCGUGGCAUUUGCUGGCGGCAAUGGAGGGGCUGGCACUACUCUCUGAAAGCGGCCGAGAUGAAGAUUCGACCGCAGGCAUAGGCCAGGACUUCAAUGUGUUAUGGGGGCUUUGCGAGCAGCACUAAUUAUGACAUAACUUCUUAAUUGUAAUUGUCUCGUAGCUUGAGUUUUCACGUAAGGGUACCCGCUCGAGUAAAAAUUAAUUGCGUCCUACCGCAACGCAUUGCUGAGCUCAGAGCUGUAUCCAUUGUUUUGUUGUAACAUAGGGGAGAGGCGGGAGAAUUGGGACUUAUUUCUCAGGCCAUAUUUACUGAAGUGUUAUUUGAAAAGUAUUGUAGCAAAUCUGCUUUGUGCAGCACCAAUAAAAGAUAACCAUUUCUCUGCAGCAUACCAUCAUAAAAAACGAGUCUAUGCAGUGGUGUGGUCAU